AUGUCUGACGUAAUUGUACCUAAGGGUCAACCUGUUCCUGGUGAACCAGAAAAAAAGGGGUGGCUCUUUAAGUGGACAAAUUACCUCAAGGGAUACCAACGAAGAUGGUUCGUGUUGUCAAAUGGAUUAUUAUCGUAUUACAGAAAUCAAGCAGAGAUGGCGCACACAUGUCGUGGUACAAUUUCCCUUUUAGGUGCAUUGAUCCACACUGCGGAUUCAUGCACAUUUGUAAUCAGCAAUGGUGGAACGCAAACUUUUCAUAUUCGUGCACAUGAUGAAGUAGAACGGCAAAGCUGGGUCACUGCUUUGGAAUUAGCCAAGGCUAAAGCAAUCAGAGCACAAGAGUCAGAUGAUGAUGAAGAUCAGAUGACAUCUGGACCUGUAGCUGCCGGAGGAACUGAUGGUGAGGGAGAGGAUGCUGGAGGCAUAGCCAGGGAAUUGGCCGCGAGGUUCCAUGAUCUCAGGACAUGUUCCGAGUUGGUGGCCAGACAUGGGGCAGCUCUGCAAAGAUCCCUUGUGGACUUAGAAAUACCACCAACCGACACAACUAAACAAGUUUCUGAACGAGCAACACUAUUCAGGAUAUCUUGUAAUGCUAUGAUGAAUGCGUGUUCAGAAUUCAUGGGCGCGGCGGCGGCGUCGAGCGCACGCAUGAGCCGCGCGCUGCAACACGAACGCGACCAGAAAAUGAGAUUGCAAGAAGUAGUCGAACAACUUGCAAGGCAGCAUGAUAAUUUGGAGAAAACUGUCACCGCUAGAAGUACACCACACACAGUAGUAGACGUUAUGGGUGGUGGCAACGGAUCCGGACAAGGUAAUGAUACAGAAGAUGAGGAUCAUGAGUUCUUUGAUGCUAUGGAAGAGGGAGUCUCCUCUGCUAUGGAGGACAAGACUUCGUUUGUAAUUAAAGUGCCUGUAAAUAGAAAAAACAAAGCAAAAGGUGGUGAAAGUUCUGAUGAAUCAGAGGGUGAAACUGUAACUGAAACUCAACAGGUGAUAUUUGUGGAAGACAAGGAAAGGGCAGAAAGCACAAUGGGUGGUGCCGAGGCAGCAGCAGUUAGCAAGUCUGAGGAUAAGGAGCAACAGGAUAUUAAAAUAUGGCCGCACGUGUCGCAGACGACGGGCGCGGUGGACGGGCGCCCGCGCCGCACGCGCGUGCCCGACAAGCCCAACUACCCGCUCUCGCUCUGGUCCAUCAUGAAGAACUGCAUCGGCAAGGAGCUGUCAAAGAUCCCUAUCCCGGUGAACUUCAGCGAGCCGCUGUCGAUGCUGCAGCGGCUGACGGAGGACUACGAGUACUCGUCCAUCCUGGACCAGGCGGCCACGUGCGCCGACCCCGCGCAGCAGCUCGCCUACGUCGCCGCCUUCACCGUCUCCUCCUACGCGACCACCGCGUGCAGAACCACAAAGCCUUUCAACCCGUUACUGGGUGAGACAUAUGAAUGCGAUCGUAUGGCAGACCUCGGCUGGCGCUCGAUAUCUGAACAGGUGUCGCACCACCCGCCCAUGGUGGCGCAGUUCUGCGAGGGCGCGGCGGGCUGGCAGUGCUGGCAGGAGUUCACCAUGACCACCAAGUUCCGCGGCAAGUACCUGCAGGUGGUGCCGCUGGGCGGCGCCUUCGCGCACUUCCCCGCCUCCGGCAACAAGUACACCUGGCGCAAGGUGACGACGACAGUGCACAACAUAAUAGUGGGCAAGCUGUGGGUGGACAACCACGGCGACAUGGACAUCGUGGGCGAGGCGGGCCCCGCGGCCGGCUACGUGGCGCACCUCAAGUACCUGCCCUACGGGUACUUCAGCAAGGACACGCAGCGCAAGGUCACCGGCGUCAUCAAGGACCCGCAGGGCGUGCCGCGCUACGUGCUGCAGGGGCACUGGGACUCGCGCGUGGAGAUCGCGGCGGUGACGUCGGCGUCGCCCGACAACACCGUGUGCAAGACCGGCAAGUUCGUGCUGGCCUGGGAGCGCGUGCCCGCGCCGCCCGACUCCGACAAAUGGUACAACUUCACGCUGCUGGCGGCGCAGCUGAAUGAGCCGGAGCCGGGCGUGGCACCUACGGACUCGCGGCUGCGGCCCGACCAGCGGCUCAUGGAGGAGGGGCUCUGGGACGAGGCCAACACGGAGAAGCUGCGCCUCGAGGAGAAGCAGCGCGUGGCCCGCCGCGAGCUCGAGGCGGCGGCGGAGGCGGCGGCCGCGCGGCACGUCAGCCCGCCGCCACCGCCCGCGCCCAUCUGGUUCACGAGGCAGGCGGCGCCCGGCCAGCCGCUGCUGCGCCACCUGUACAACGACCGCUACUGGGACUGCAAGCGGCGGCAGGACUGGCCCGCGCUGCCGGACAUCUUC